AAUUCCAGGCGGGGAAUAGGAAAAGUAAUACCAUGCGAGUAUUCGCUCUGCGAUAUUUGGCAGCGUUAACAAUAUAAAAACAACAGUAAGAGGAGCUAAAGCUUAACAAAACGAACAUAUCAUUACGCAUGUUUUGGAUAAAGCCACAUUUUCUUCGCUUUUGAGUAAAAGCACGAGCGCGGAUUUGGCCCUCACGCGGGCAUCUCUUAGCUAACUAGCGUGUUAGCUGGGAUGCUGGGUUGCUCGCUGAGUGUCUUAAUGAGUGGCCGAAGUCCAACCGCCAGUUUGUGCUAAAUGUGUGCCUCUUAAGACAAAAUGUCUGGCUUUAACUUUGGAUCAGGGACUCUUGGUUCCACCAGCACCGGUGGGGGUUUCACAUUUGGUGGCGCAGCCAGUGUGCCUGCAGCCAACACUGGUGGCUUUUCUAUUGGAACUGCUCUGGGUACAGCAACCGCCACCCCUGCCGCAGCUGCCACCACCAGCAUCACCCCAUCUCUUGGUCUCGGGGGCAGCCUCUUUGGUCAGAAGCCCAGUGGAGGAUUCUCUGUCAACACACCUGCCUCAAGCGCUGCCGCACCCACUACAGGCCUUACAUUAGGUGCCCCAGCUUCUACAGCUGCAUCUACUGGCUUCAGCUUGGCCUUCAACAAGCCCACCGCCUCAGCAACACCCUUCUCCCUCACCACCACUUCCACCCCUUCAUCAGCCUCUGCAGGGGCAGGUUUAUCAUUUGGCUCUGUCCUGACAUCCACGGCUCCACAGCAGCCUGCAGCCGCAGGCUUCACCCUUGGUCUUGGUGGCACAACCACCACCACAGCAGCAGCCUCAACAGGCCCAACACUCGGCGGGAGUCUCUUUUCCAACACUUUGUCCACAGGUUUGGGUCAGAGCACUCUUGGAGGAGGAGGCGGGUUAACGUUGGGUUCCCUUUUAGCUACCUCCACAGCAGCAUCAGCGGCACCUGCCCCCAAUGUUGGCCUGGGUGGAGUCGACUUCAGCACUUCCUCUGAGAAUAAGAGCGACACAUCAUCUGGAGCCAAUGCACAGGACAGUAAAGCUUUGAAAGAUGAGAACCUGCCACCAGUUAUUUGUCAAGAUGUCGAAAAUUUCCAAAAAUUUGUGAAAGACCAGAAACAGGUUCAGGAGGACAUCAGCAGGAUGUCAUCAAAGGCCAUUUCUAAAGUCCAAGAUGACAUUAAGAGCCUCAAACAGCUUCUCUCUGUCAGUGCCAGUGGUCUGCAGCGCCAGGCUUUGGCCAUCGACAAGUUAAAGCUGGAGACAGCGCAGGAGCUUAAAAAUGCUGACAUUGCACUGCGUACUCAGAAGACUCCCCCUGGACUUCAGCAUGAGAACACAGCUCCAUCAGAUUAUUUCCGCAGCCUGGUAGAGCAGUUUGAGGUGCAGUUGCAACAGUACCGGCAGCAGAUAGAAGAACUUGAGAACCACCUGACAACGCAGAGCAGUGGCUCCCACAUCACUCCUCAGGACCUGACCAUGGCAAUGCAGAAAUUGUACCAGACAUUUGUUGCACAGGCGGCCCAGCUCCAGUCUGUCCAUGAGAAUGUCAAGAUCUUGAAGCACCAGUACCUCUCUUACCGGCGGGCCUUCCUGGAAGACUCAACGGAUGUCUUUGAGUCCAAGCGCACGUCUAACAGGAAGUGGCAGAGUACACCGCGAGUUACAACUGGACCCGCCCCGUUCUCCAGUGUGCCCAAUGCUGCAGCGGUUGCCAUGGCAGCCACGUUGACCCAGCAACAGCAGCCAACUCCAGGGACCCAGGCACCCUUGGGGGCAGGGUUUGGAAACCCCUUUGCUUCGGCAGUGGGCACUAGCUUGGGCUCGUCUACCCUUGGAGGUUUUGGUGGUGGGCCAGGAUUUGGUGGGGUGGGGACUGGGGGUUCUUCUUUUGCCUUCUCCUCCACCAGUAAGCCCACAGGAGGCAGUCUGAGUGCAGGUUUUGGUAGCAGCAGCAGCUCAGGCUUCAACUUCAGUAACCCUGGAAUCAACCCCUCGGCCGGCCUGACAUUUGGCGUUUCUAACCCAGCAGCUGCAGGCUUCGGCGCAGCUCCCCUUCUCCAGCUCAAGAAACCCCCUGCUGGUAAUAAAAGGGGCAAGAGAUAGAACCAAGGAAAAACAGAGCCCUGUGACUGAGCAGCUGACUGGCUUUAGGUUUGUAGCGGGAAAGACCUGGACUCCCAAAAGCAUGUAAGUGCUAUAAUAAUCAUUAUCCAACCUCAUAACAUCAGGGAAUCAUCAGGGCUGGCAUUGAACCAACCGUAUAACAGCCAACUCGGGAUUAUGCAUUUGAAAUCUCACAGAGGUAUGUACUGGAUUAAGACUGAGAUAAAGUAAUAAAGAUACUUAAGUUAGAAAACAUAAAAGCAUUAUCUUCCUAUCAAACAUUGGUCUGUAUUGUCUACUGUUCUACACUAAUUUGAUUAAAUUUAAUUUGGUUCCAAAUUGCCUCCAAUAUUGCCAAUAUUAGUCAUCUGUCAAGUUGACCAAGUUUACAUAUUCCUACUAGAUCCGUUUAAACAAUACUAUUAUAUCACAUUGGCCUUAUUAAUACUUUGUACCAUACUCCCAACCAAUGUAGUAGACAUUGGAGUGUAUGGGAAGGUUAAAAACUAUGUAUGAAUGAUUAUAAACAUUGCUGCAAAAUGCUGCCUGCACACAACAUCCUGUAGUGCUACAAUGCUUUUGGGAAUGCCAGCCAUAGACAGAGCUUACAAAUCCUUGAGUUAUCAGUGAGUAAAUGCUUUUGUCUGAAAAUUGUACACGAUCAAUGUGUUUUUGUGCUUUGAGGUGGACAGUGCAGUCGGUUCCAUUGUGUUACACAAACUCUGUCAAACGCAUAACUGCACUUGAAGGCCUCUGAAAUGAUGACUUGGCUCAGGUUUCGUCCAGGGAAUGGGAAGAUGAGGUAAAGGGAAAGAAGCUUAUGAGGUUGGCCUGAACAGUGUAGUAUCUGCCGAAGGUGUCAGUGGGGAGUAUUAUCUGAUCCUAGAUAGUUUUAUAGGCACAGGAGAGUGUCCAGGGUGGGAUUUUUGGGAAGCACAGUUUUAUUUUUGUAUCAAGUGGAAGAAGAGAUGACAUUCGGGAGGGGUAUAAGGGCCCCUUGGGUUGGUCCAUUAUCUAGUCUACAAAAUCUGUGUUGUUUUUGCUAGAGUCCAUCCUUAUCAUUGUUUAAUAAUUACUUUUUAGACACAUUUAGUUUGUCCCAACGUAAGAACUUGGGAGAGGAAACGCUAUGCUGUUUGUAUUCCAUUUCUCCCAUUAAAUGGUAAUUGAAUCUGAAAGGGAUUUCACGAGCAGAUUCUACCUACGCAACUUAGACAUGUGCUAGAAUAAAUUUGCACUUGCCAGUGUAUAUGACCUGACAGUGAUUGUGUGAAUGUGCAUGUGUGCCUAUUGCACAAGUAUGAAAUUGUCUCUCUUGUCUGUCAUAGUUGCUGACUUCUUUUGCGAGUCAGGUGUGGCUGGGGCAAUAUUCUGCUUUUUUUUAAUUGUCCGUGUCAGUUCUGUUACCAAAUACUGGUAGUUACUAUUAUUUUCUAAUCACAGUCUGUGUAAACAUUUAUUUUCAAGAAGCUGUUUAAU